CUCCGCGCUCUUUUGUGUCCGCCCGGCCGAGCCCCCUCCCCUCGCCGCGGGAGCGAGGGGCCGGGACCCCCACCACGCCCACGGCCCCGGGCCGGGAGCCGGGCAGCGGGGCCAGAGCGGCCCGGCUCCCCCCGCGCCGUUGUCGGGACCGAAAUUUCCUGGAAGGUUUGGCGGUAUUUUGCAGGGAUAAGGAGCGUAGGGCGAGGCCCCGGGAUGUGGUGCCAGUACCCGGCUGGCCGUGCGGGCGGGAAUGCGAGGCCUUGGUGGGCUGCACAGGGGCCCGGCAGAGGCGCCCGGCCGGCCACGGGCAGGUGCGGCCACCGCGGAAAUCACAGCCAAGGUGACCAACAAUAAAGUUGCUGAUUAACUGAGGACUCGUCGUCUUGUUCCAUUUGUAAACAAGGGGUCACGAUAGACGAGUUACCUCUCGAACAGAUGUGAGCUGCGUGCCAGGAAGGUUCGGAGGCUGUUGGUAUGGAUGGUGACAGCUCCACAACAGAUGCUUCUCAGUUAGGAAUUGCUGGAGAUUACAUUGGUGGCAGUCACUAUGUGAUACAGCCUCAUGAUGACACAGAAGACAGCAUGAAUGAUCACGAAGAUACAAAUGGCUCAAAAGAGAGUUUUAGAGAACAAGAUAUAUAUCUUCCAAUUGCAAAUGUGGCAAGGAUAAUGAAAAAUGCCAUACCCCAAACAGGAAAGAUUGCUAAGGACGCAAAGGAAUGUGUACAAGAGUGUGUAAGUGAAUUCAUCAGCUUUAUAACAUCAGAAGCAAGUGAGAGGUGUCACCAAGAGAAAAGAAAGACCAUCAAUGGAGAGGAUAUUCUCUUUGCCAUGUCUACCUUGGGGUUUGAUAGCUAUGUUGAACCUCUGAAGUUAUACCUCCAAAAAUUCAGAGAGGCAAUGAAAGGAGAAAAGGGAAUUGGGGGAACAGUUACAACUGCAGACGGUCUAAGUGAGGAGCUCACAGAAGAAGCAUUUACUAACCAGUUGCCAGCAGGCUUAAUAACCACAGAUGGCCAACAGCAGAACGUUAUGGUCUACACAACAUCAUAUCAACAGAUCUCUGGUGUUCAACAAAUUCAGUUCUCAUGAUUUCGAAGAAAACUUUCCAUCUGGGAACGUGAGACAGAAAACCUGUGCAACUCUAACGAAGAGACAGUUUUAAUGACUGGUGAAGAGAUUUAUCUCUUUGUAUAUUAAAUAGCUGUAAUGUAGCUACUAGAAGCUUGACUAAUUGAGGUGUGAGUUCUGACUCAAAUCUUUUUCAUGAUGAUUUUAAAGAAAUAAUUGGAUUUUAAAGGUAUUAAAGUAUUUUUGUUUUGUACAAGAGUUUGUUGCUCUGUAUAACUCCUGUAUGCAUUGUAUAUUGCAAUUUAUUACUGUCAGAGAUUUGUAGACAGUUUCUUAUUUUCAUAUUGAAUCAUGUUACUUUUGUAAUUCAGGUAAACAGCUGGGUUAAUUCAUGUUUACCCUUUGAAUAAAAUUGUAAGGGUAAAGUUCAUUUUUGAAUGCAAGUUGCCUUUAUUAUAAAGAUUGAGUUAGUCUUGGUUAUGUAACUUGUCUUGCAUGACAACCUCAACUAACUUUACAUGUCAGCUUAUUUAUUGAAAUUUUGAAAGGGACUUUUUCCUCAUGAAACUAGCAGCUCAAAAGAAUUGCUACAAUUGUUUUUUCUAAUGUAACUUCUGAAUUAAAGGUUAAUCAAAACCAA